AUGGGCGGAGACGAAGAACAUUCUCUUCCAGAGCUCAGAACAAGUGCUCCGGAUGCCGAGCAAACUCGUGCUAGGGAAUUGGAAUCGAAGAGAACGAAAAUUAGUGUCCUUGUAGGAUCCGGUAUAAUUCAGCUGCCGAUAUGGGGGUUUGCCAUGAGCUAUGGUAUAUUCCAGGAGUACUAUUUCAACAACUGGACGUUAGAAGGAGACCGUACCAUAACCGGUGUUAUUGGUACCACGGCUAAUGGUGUCAUGUACCUAUCCAUGCCUUUUCUUUUCGCGCUUUUUACUAGACGGUGGGCUCGUUGGCGCCAAAUCGCAGCUCUUUGUGGCACAUUGAUUGCAUGCGUCAGCCUCUUCCUCUCCGCUUACAGCACCACUGUGUGGCACUUGGUUGCGACUCAGGGUAUCGCAUCUGCGUUGGGAUGUGCUCUUGUGUAUAGUCCAAUGACGCUCUCUCUCGGCGAGUGGUAUACAUCCAGCAACCGUGCAGUGGCAUAUGGUAUUGUUUUGUCUUGCAAGAACAUUGUUGGGACUAGCUGUCCAUUUAUGAUUCGAGCUUUGAUUGAUGCUUACGGCUAUAAGACCACUUUAAAAGCCUGGGCGGCAAUUGUGGGUGGGACAAGUCUUUUCGCUAUUCUAAUGAUACCUACCCACCCAUCAAAGAUUUCGAUACACAAGACUCGAGCUCGAAAGAUUCCAUGGCAUUUCCUCGGACACCGGUCUAUCUACUUCUAUAGCAUUGCCAUUAUAUUUCAAAGCUCUGGGUAUGGUAUUCCACAAAGCUAUUUGAGCACUUACGCUCGAGAUGUCACUCUGCUGUCUCAGACCUCGGGCACACUGAUGCUAGCUCUCUUCAAUGCACCCGGCAUUAUUGCUUCUUCUUUCUUCGGAUGGCUGAGUGACAAUCAAAAAGUCCGUCUUUCAGCCCAGACUGUGUCCGCAAUCCCACCCGUCGCCUGCGCUAUUUUCACGUUCUUUUUUUGGGGUUUGACUACUCCAGGCAAUCUUGGCCUGCUCUUGGUUUUCUCCAUGACCUUUGGUUUCUUCUCCAGCGGCUAUAGUGCUACCUGGGGAGGAAUGCUCAAGCAAAUGGAGCGCGAAUCUGCAGAAAGAAACGAAGCUGUCGAUCCUGGAAUGCUCUAUGGUUUACUAAAUGGCGUCAGAGGAAUCGGAUAUGCAAGUGGUGGGCUUGCUGGCGUGGGACUGUUGAAUGCUGGAACCAUUUCAGCUAGCCCCCGCUUCGGUUAUGGAACUUCAUACGGACCCCUCAUUGUCUUUACGGGAGUUUCUUCCCUCCUGGGAGGUUGGGUUGUUUUAUGGAGAUGGAAUCCGAAAAGACUUUUGCCGUUGAUCUCAAGGAGCUGA